GCUGAAGAACAUCAAGACCAGUGAGGCGUACAAGGCGGUCUGGGGCAACACCCAGGACGGGGUGGUCUCCACGCAGCCCUCGCGGGUGGCAGACGAAAGGGAGCAGAUGGUCAUGAGCGGCGACUACAUCCACAGAAUAACGAAUGACGCGCGGGAGGACGAGAUGGAGGAGAACCUGCUACAGGUGGGAAGCAUCCUGGGCAACUUGAAGAGCAUGGCGCUGGACGUGGGCAACGAGAUCGACAUCCAGAACAAGCAGGUGGAGAAGAUCAUGGAGAAGGUCACCGUGAACGAAGAUCGCAUCCAAGAAGCCAACACCCGGGCCAAGAAGAUUCUAAAAAAUGCCUGA